CGCGAUAGAAGCCGAUUAGACGCGAUGUGUUAUCUACCCUCCUUUUGAACUUACCCGUGGCAUCAAAGUCUUUUAUCAGUUUUUUUUCUGAAGUUGGACAAGUAUUUGGAUAUAUCCCGUUUGAUAAAACGCGGCAUUUCUGUGUUGUCCCAGCCGAAGUAGAGGAGUUGAGUUUACUAUCUUGUAUCAGCCCGUUUCAUGUGACUAGACGUGCUCCAUCGGGCCCAUCUGCACGACAGCACAGGGACGGUGGACAUCACUGGACAUUUACGGAUAGAGACUGGGCGACACGCUGUGAUUUGAAUGCCUUUGCAGGGACUUUGGUGGCUUGUGUGCUGCAGACAAGGCUUCAGUUUGCUGUCUCGGGAUCAUGGAGAGAAAGAGGAGGAAGAGUCUUUCGAGUUACGCAAUCAGGACGAACACGCACAUACGGGACGGGGGCAACUAGAGGUCACUCUGUCUCAGCCCACUCGCACAGCCAACGGCACACCCUGUCUGUCAGGAGUUCCUGAGGAGAAGAGAAGUCUCAUCAUGCAGAAGGGGAAGAUGACGAUGGACGAAGACCCAGAGGUGCUCGUAAAGGGCUGGCUCCUGCGAGAGGUGCAGGGAGGCUGGCUCCGGCAGAGGAGGUUCUGGUUUGUGUUGACAACCGACUCUCUCGAUUACUACAGCGGCUCGGACAGAGAUGCUCGCAGACUCGGCACGCUUGUACUCACGUCCCUCUGCUCUGUGCUGUGGCCUGAUAAAUACACCUACAAACAGACAGGUUACUGGAGUCUGACGGUGUAUGGCCGCAAACAUUGCUACAGACUAUUCACAAAGCACUACAAUGAGGCGGUGCACUGGGCGUGUGCCGUGCAGAAAGUCAUCGACAGCAAAGCGCCGGUGGAGACGCCAACACAGCUCCUCAUACGAGACAUCGAGGAGAAUAAAUUCAACCCAGAGGUUGUGGAGCACAUCUAUCAGCAUAAUCCCAUCCUGAGGUACACGCAGAGCCCCCUCUACGCCCCACUGCUGCCUUUCCCCUACGGCAGUCUCCACAACACACAUAUGGCUGGUAAAGGCUACACAUCCGUCCGCGAGGAGGCGGUGAGGCUGUUUAACUGCCUCCAGCAGUUAGAGUCGGCCCACGAGCCCAUUCCUCUCAUACAGGGAAUCCUCCAGACCUGCCUCGACCUCCGGCCGCUCCGAGAUGAACUCUACUGCCAGCUCAUCAAACAGACCAGCGUUACCAAAUCAUGUGUGCAGACGCAGCCAAACCCGCAGCUCAGAUACUGGCAGCUGCUCACCUGCAUGAGCUGCACCUUCCUGCCCAGCUGCAGCAUCCUCAAAUACCUGCGCUUUCACCUGAAGAGGGUUCAAAGUUUGAGUGCGGACUCGGAGGUGGAGAGCUACGCGUCCUUCAUAGCCCAGGCUCUAGAGAAGACGCGCGGCCGUGAGUGUGUGCCCUCUUGGGAGGAGAUCCAGGGGCUGAUGGGAAGGCAGGAGAUACUGUGUACUGUGCACUACCCUGGACCGGGCUGCUGCCAGAUACCGAUCACCUCGCACACUACGGCUAAUGAGGUUGUGAGGAAGAUGGCGGAACGCCUCGGACUGCAGGACAGCCGAAACACAUUUGCUCUUUUUGAGCAGAACACAUGCUGGGAGAAAGCUAUCGGAGGCAGCACCAUUAUUGCUGAUGUCAUCACCAGAUUUGAAAAUUUGUCAGCUAAAGACCCAGACUCUGUCUGCCAGUUCCGACUCUGCUUCAAACUCUAUUGUCUGUUGGACACCGAUAACAUCAGUACCGACAGCAUUGAGUACCUCUUCUUCUAUGAGCAGUGUCAUGAGAUGGUAGUGCGUGGGCAGCUGCCAGCCUGUGAGGAUGACCUUCUUUCUCUGGCGGCACUGAGACUGCAGUGUCUGCUGGGAGAUUUCAGCGCCCUCUCUCCGUACCCGCCGUUGGAGCAGCUUUUUCCGGCUGAAGUGGUGGAGGCCCGGGCCCUACUUGCUCCCGUCGAUCCCCCUGGCUGCCCUUCCUUCCCCGGGGGUCUGCUGGCUGGGACAUUAUGGGGGCACAAGCGGCGUCAGGAACAGGACCAAAGACUCCGAGCCAGGCUGAGAGAGGAGGGAGCCGUGGUGAUGUCGACCAUUUUAGAGCACUGGAAAGCACUAGUGGGAUACAGUCGCAGAGACAGCAUGGCCGCCUAUCUCACCAUCGCCCGGCAGUGGUCAGGGUUUGGCUGCACGCUCUAUGAAGUGGACUUCUACAUUAGCUCGACAGGAAGCUUCUCUCAGAAGUUGUGGCUGGGUGUGGCGGCUUCCUGCGUGUCUCUGUAUCGUCAGGGUGAAGCUGAAGCGUUGGAGUCGCUACCGAUAGGUCAGAUCUGCUCCUAUGGCGUCUCUGAUAGCAACACAUUCAGGAUCACAGCAGGAGAUCGAGACCUGCUCUUUGAGACCACAAAGCUGACUGAGAUCAUGCAGCUGAUGAAUGCUUACUUCAGUGCCACCCGUCGCCAGCUAGGCAAAGAUGACUGCAUCUCCAUAGAAACAAACCCUAAGCUCCACCCCUCCCUACUUGAGCUCCCCUCUCACCCGGUGUGAAGAGAGAAUGACUCGCUCGCUCAUGCGCGCGCACACACACACACACGCACACACACACUGAGACUGACUCUGACUGAUGCACACAUGCAUAUGCAGUCCUGGCUGAUUGCUUCCCUGUGAGCUUUGCCAUGAGGACAACCUCUGAUGAGACUGAAAGGAGCAGAUGCUGUGGAAAUGGAAGAGGAGUGGAAGGUGUCCAGGGAGCCACAAACAGGAGAAGACGGUUCAGGAACUCACUUGCUACACACCGCCAGCCAAAUCCAGAAAGGACACGGAGGCCCCUGCCACCUGGGAGCCCGCCAAAUAUCACAGAGAGGAAAAUAGCGUGACUUUAGAGAUCAACAGUGAAAAAAAAAACAUUUUCUUAAGGAGAAUUUUGGUCUUGCUUUUUUUAGUAUUCAAAUGUUUAAACAUCCUUAAAACAACAUGAAUAUACUUUUACUUAAUUUGAAAAAUUAAUUUGGUUUUACUUCAACUCAUUAAAUAUUAAGACUUUUUUAGACCAUCUUUUCAAAGAAUUUACAUGAUAAUUUAAUUUAAUUUUUUUUUUGUAAAACAAGACAAGAUUUUUUUGCAGCAAUGUCUUUGUAUUGCACUACAGGAAGACUACACAAACAUGCUGCCGUUGCACUCACACACACACGCAGUUUCUGCGCUUUAAACGUUCCUUUCGAGACUCCUGCCUGGCUCGCUGUUAAACUCAUUCAUCAAACCGUACAUGACCUUGAAACGAAAGCAGGUGAAUGUCACAUUCACACCGACCUUUACCGAACUGACGGUGGUGCAUGUGUGGGUGAGAGACGUAUUUGAAUAUUUUAAGCUGUAGAAACCAAAGGAUCCUUAGCUCAUCUGAAUGAUGCAAGUGUAUUUGUGAAAAGCUUUGAGCCCGACCUGGUGCUGCUUGACUGUGCUGUUAGCUUACGGUAACUCUGCACUGUUCGUCCUGUAGCCACAACAGCCUCAGAUCUUUAGAUUAUCUUAACUCUUACAUCCGCAUACCUGUGAGGGUAAAUUACAUUUUGACAUAAAAAAAAUAAUAAUACAAUUUUGGGUCAAACCAAGCUUCCCAGACCUCUCGAACACUGAAGAUAGACACUAUUGAUAUGCAACACUAUCAUCCCAUUUUCAAAAGAAAUUACAUUUCCAUUAAAAGGGAUAGUUCAUCCAAAAAUUUAAAUUUUGUCAGCAUUUAAUCAUGCGCAUGUCGUUCCAAAGCUGUGUGACGUUAUUUUAUCUUGCUGAACACAAAAUAAGUUUUUUUUUUUUGUUCAUUUAAUGGAAGUCAACGGGAUCCCAAAACGACAUUGUUUGGACCCCAUUGACCUUCAUUGUGUGGACACAAAAAACACUGAGACCUUUUUCAGAAUGUCUUCAUUUGUGUUUCACAGAAAAAAGGUUGACACAAAAGUAAGUAAAUCAUUUUUGAGUGAACUAUCCCUUUAAGCCUAACCUGUAGCCUCUGUCUGUUGUGUCUAUGUUACGAAGCCUCAUUUCGGCUUCAUGACGGCUUAUUGUCUCCUUUAAUGUGUGUUAGUUUCUACUAGUUUUAUUUAUGGCUGUCUGUUGAAUACAUUGUGUGAAAGUGAGUUUUUUUUUUUAUUGUCCUUUUUUACUUUUGUUUUAUAUAUCUUUCAUAAAGACCCGUAUUUGUAUUUUAGAGCUUGCAUUGAAAUAAUUACAAAAGAGCUGAUGAUGUCAUAGGUAAAUUAUGAUGUCAUAAUGUUUAUUUACUUUUUGGGUUAUUUGUUGUUUAUUUUCCCCCGUCAUGUGAGGUCUACGAGUGACAAAAAAAAAAAAACUUGAUAAUAAUCAGUUUAUUUUGUAGAUCUUAUUAUUUUGUCAUAACCAUUUGCCCUUUUAAAGUCACAUGGACCAAAUUUCUUGGGGUUGGGGUCUUUUUUUCCCCCUUUGAAUGACUGCCAAACUAACACUGUAGCAAUAAAACCUGCCCAGUUGUCCUGAGGAUGAGCCCAUUUUCAGUAUGAGGCUUCAGGUUGCCUUUGAGGAGCCACUAGUGCCUGUCAAACAGUCUGUACAAUCUUUAAUUCGCUCUUACUCUAUGAAUACAGAAACACUGAGCCUGAUUAUGGAGUAUUUUGGUUCUGCACUAUCUUUGCCCCACAGCAGUUUGUCUGCCUGAAUACAAAUUUGAAAAAAAGGUUGCCAGCUACUUGGAAGUUCAAAGGUGGAGGGCAAUCAUGUCUUCAAUGUUGUUUAUAUUGUUUAAAGAAGUUUAUUUUGCCCAAACCAUGUUCCUCCUACAGCCCCUGUGACGGCCGUAGUGGUUGUCACAUUUGCUUGUCUUCUUUUCAUGUCACUCUUUAGCUGCAGGCAGCUCUGACCCAAUGUCAUACAUGUAACAAAACUUGACAAACUCUGAUGCUUUGGUUUGUAUGCUGCAUGGUACCUUUAUUAUGUUACACGUGUAAUAGUCAGUUGCACUAUUGUUUGUACAGCUAACUUAAAUGUGCAAUAAUGCAAAAUGAUGAAUACUGUAUGUAAUAAAAAGCAGCACCAUUACAUCA